GCAUAUUGUGGUGUUUCCAGACACAAAGGAUCCCACGGCACACGCACGCACUCGCGCAACACGGCGAUACUACGUGGAUCCCAUUUUCAGACUGAGAGUGAAUAUCGGAACGCAGCCACAACAACUCGACGAGUCUUUCCCGCCAAAUCUAUCAAGAUGGCUCCCGAACAGCUGUCUUCGCAGCUACACUUUUUUCUAACACCGCAACAUCUCUUCUUUUUCUUGAAAGAACUCGAGAAUAUGUCUGUCUUAUUUCAAGAGUAGAGAGAAAGUGUAGGAGUGUUACGUACACGCGCCAAAUCUCUGACAGGUGGUCUGGAAUUAUGAUCUGUCGUAUCUAUUGCAAUCUGGAGCAGUGCGUAAAAAUGAAAAGAACUGCGAAUAAUAUUAAUCGUCGGUUGUGUUAAUUGAGCGAUUUUAAGAAGAUGAUUGAUCAACGCAAACACGUGAUGUAAUUUAUUGAAUUUUUUUUGUGUAACAAGAGGGAAAAAUUUUCAAGAAGAGAUGGCGAAUCUUGGCAAAAGAAUCGUGGUUCUAAUAGAUAUGGAUUGCUUUUUUUGUCAAGUUGAGACAAAAUUGCAGCCGCAAUAUCAGGGACACCCGCUCGCCGUCGUUCAAUACAAUCAAUGGAAAAUGGGCAAAAUAAUAGCCGUUAACUACGAGGCAAGAAAGUAUGGAAUAACCAGACACAUGAGAGGCAAAGAAGCCAAAGAGAUAUGUCCAAAUAUAAUUUUAGUCACUGUGCCGUGUCUUCGUGGAAAAGCAGACACAUCUAGAUAUCGAAAAGCUGGUCAUAAGGUUAUCGAAGUUAUAAAGAAACAUUGUAAUGUAAUAGAACGCGCCAGUAUUGACGAGGCAUAUCUCGAUAUUACAGAUGUGAUAGAUAAGAGAUUAGCUACGAGCAAGAUGUCUCCUAAAGAAUUAAUGUUAUUGCUUGCGAAUACGUACAUUGUAGGCUAUUCGGAAAUUAAUAAAAAUGAUGAGGUGGAGAGAAAAAAUGGACUGGAAACUUGGAUAGAGGAUUCCUUUAAGGAAUUGCCCGAUAGUCAGGCUCAGAAACUUGCUGUGGCUGGUGUUAUAGUUGAAGAAAUAAGAGCUGACAUAUAUAAAGAAACUGGAUUUAAAUGUUCAGCUGGAAUAUCGCAGAAUAAAAUAUUAGCCAAAUUGGCGUGUGGACUACACAAACCAAAUUGUCAAACAAUUUUGCCCGAGGCGGCGGUUCCGAGUUUUUAUUCGACACUCCCGGUGAAGAAAGUUCGAAAUCUUGGUGGGAAGUUUGGCGACGUCGUGAUUGAAUCUCUGGGUUGCAACGUCAUGGGAGACUUGUUGCACUAUUCGUUGGAACAUUUACAAAAAACUUUUGAUGAAAAAACAGGAUUUUGGUUGUAUAAUCUCGCCCGAGGUAUAGACAACGAGCCCGUUACUAGCAGACUGCUGGCAAAGUCUAUUGGAGCGUACAAAACGUUUCCUGGAAAGCACGCUACUUCGGAAGUGCUGAGGCACUGGGCCGGUGAUCUGGCGGCAGAAAUUUGCGAACGACUGGAACAAGAUCUUGCGGAGAAUCAUCGACGCGCGACGUUACUCAUUAUCUCUUACACUUACUAUCAAAAUGGAAGUACCGUAUCCCAAACGCGCUCGUUCACUUUGAACUCGUACAAACCGGAGAAGAUCGCGAGCCAGUGUGUGGAUGCUAUCACAAAAUCGACACAAUGUCCGGUGACAUGCAUGGGCAUCAAUGCCAGUAAGUUUGUACCGGCAAAGGAGAGUAACAGCUUCUUAAAAUUUUUUAAAACUGUUGAAUCGAGAGAUCAAGACGGUGAUAAAGUGAAUUCUGAAAUUGACAAAUCAGAUAACUCACCCAAGUAUAAAAGAAAUUUCCAAUCGACGAAUACAGACGCGAGAGAAGAGAAAACUGUUACUCCUAUUGUACCGGCAAAGGAGAGUAACAGCUUCUUAAAAUUUUUUAAAACCGCCGAAUCGAGAGAUCAAGACGGUGACAAAGUGAAUUCUGAAAUUGACAAAUCAGAUAACUCACCCAAGUAUAAAAGAAAUUUCCAAUCGACGAACACAGACGCGAGAGAAGAGAAAACUGUUACUCCUAUUGUUAGCAAAGAAAAAGAAGCGAUAAAAACGAAAGAAGAGAAGUCCGAAAGAAGCAAAGAGUUGGCUACUACUGAAGAUUCGGUUGCAACAGCUAACAAGCCGAAGAAGGAAAAUAAGAGAAUCGUCAAAACUUCGUUAAAUAAGUGUACGGAAGAUUCGCCCACGUCGCAAAAAGUUUUCAAGCUGAUUCAGGUGUGCAACGAGCGCGACAAGAACAAACGUUUGUCGGGCGUGACAGUAGAUACCAAUGAUUUUCAGGAUUCGUUCUUUAUGAAUAUAUACAAGACAAAAAAAGAAACACGUUCUGAUGGAGAUACCGUGGAAGAGUCAGAGAGUGAGAAAGAGAUAGAUAAAGAAGAUGCGCAUAGUGAAAACAGCAAUGAUUACAACGCAAAUUCAGAUAUGCAAGAAAAAGCUCGUGAAAAGCCUUCCACGAGUCGCGCGUGUGCGAGCGGCAACAAUUCCGCAGAAGAGAGCAAGAAAGAAACUUCUGUACAAAAAUCCUCAGUGCGAUUGCGGGACAUAUUUCCCAAUCUAAACGAUAUAGAUUCCGAUAUUUUGGCCUCGUUGCCAGCUGAGUUGCAAGAGGAAGCAAAAGCGCACAUGAACUCGCGAAGCAAGAAGCAAGAGAGCGUUAAGAGUACACGGGAACUGACCAAGUCAACAAGAGGAAGACCCAGCAAAUUCAAGAUUAUCAACAAAACUGGCAAAAAAUCCAAUCCCUUGGACAACUUCUUAAUCAAGACCGAUUCGAGCGAACACGACGUACCUCUGGAACGAUGCGCUGAGUGCAAUCAAAUGAUACCUCUUACGAGGUUUAGCGAACAUGUGGAUUUUCACUUUGCACAGAAUGUGUGUCGAGAAAUCAACAGGCCGAUAACGAGCGAGAGUGGCGUAAAACGAAAACUCGGAGAUGCCGAGGACGUGAUUACGUCUGUGAAACGUCACAUGAACGAGAACUCAGUAUGACAAUUACGUUUCCUUCGUAGUCACCAUGCUGUUGAAUAUUUUAUCGUUAACAAAUACACUUUUGUAUCGAGAAUAAGAUAAUAGCAUGUAAAUUUUUUAAAAAUAAUAAUAACAUAUUAAUACUAACAUGUAAAUUAAGGUAUAA